GAGGCACCAAGGCAUGGGAAGGAAAUCCCUGUACCUUCUGAUUGUGGGGGUCCUUGUAGCAUAUUACGUUUAUACACCUCUCCCAGAUAAUUUUGAGGAGCCAUGGAAAGUGAUGUGGUUGGACACCCAAAUAAGAACUGCAGCACAUUUGGCUACAUUUCUUGAGCUUCUAGGAACUGGCCAUUAUAUGGAUUUCCUGAUGUUCACCUUAAGCUUUGCUGAAGUCCCACCAACCUCAGACGAAAAUGUCACUGUGAGCGAGACGACUUUCAACAACAUCCCUGUCCGUGUGUAUGUGCCGAAGAGGAAGUCCGCAGCACUAAGGAGGGGUUUGUUUUACAUUCACGGUGGUGGUUGGUGUGCGGGGAGUGCUGCAUUAUCUAGUUACGACAUGCUGUCAAGAUGGACAGCAGACAGACUUGAUGCUGUUGUCAUAUCAACCAACUACAGACUGGCACCUAAGUAUCACUUCCCGAUUCAGUUUGAAGACGUAUAUAAUGCCUUACGGUGGUUCUUACGCAGAACAGUUCUUGCAGAAUAUGGCGUGAAUCCUGAGAGAAUUGGCAUCUCCGGAGACAGCGCAGGGGGAAAUUUAGCCGCAGCCGUAACGCAACAGCUCUUAGAUGACCCAGAUGUCAAGAUCAAGCUCAAGGUCCAGUGUUUAAUUUAUCCUGCCCUUCAGCCCCUCGAUGUAGAUUUACCAUCUUAUCAGGAAAACGCACAUUUUCCAGUUCUGCCCAAAUCAUCCAUGGUCAGGCUCUGGAGUGACUAUUUUACUACAGACAGAUCACUUGAAAGAGCCAUGCUUUCAAACCAACAUAUCCCUCUGGAAUCAAGUCAUCUAUUACAAUUUGUUAACUGGAGUUCUUUGCUCCCCGAGAGGUUUAAAAAAGGACAUGUUUACAAAAAUCCAAUUUAUGGUAGUUCUGAGCUAUCAAACAAAUAUCCAGGGUUCUUAGAUGUGAGGGCAGCCCCCCUGUUGGCUGAUGACAACAAAUUGCGUGAUUUACCCCGGACCUACGUCAUCACCUGUCAAUACGAUGUCUUAAGAGAUGAUGGUCUCAUGUAUGUCACCCGACUUCGCAACGCUGGAGUUCAGGUGACUCAUAAUCAUGCUGAGGCGGGAUUCCAUGGCGCAUUUGGAUUUCUGGAAUUGAAAAUUAGCUCCAGGAUGAUAAGUCAAUAUAUCAGUUGGCUAAGUGAAAAUCUAUAG